AUGGAAAUAAGCGGAUUAGAAUGUGGGUUAUGCCAUGAGGAGUAUGGAAAUAGUGGAAGGCGAAUUCCUCGGAUGCUUCAUGGCUGCGGACAUACCAUUUGUGAGCAGUGCUGUUUUGCCCUUUGUGGACAAGCAAUUUCAACUCAGUUGAUUUGUCCAUUCGAUCGAAUCGCUUCUAAUCUUCCAGAUUUAAAUCCAGAAUCAUUGAAAAAAAAUUUUGCUUUGCUAGAGGUUAUCGAACGUAUUCGAAAAGAACAAAGCAGAAAAUCACCACCGACAUUUCCUCUAAAUGCGGAUUCGCAAAUGAAAGAUUUACUUCUUGGUAUACCAUGUGAUGAAGAUUCUACUCAUACUGCGUUAUAUUUUUGUCUUGUAUGUGAAAGUCAUUUAUGUGCCGAAUGUUCGACUGGUACACAUAAAAGUCGUGUUCUUUCCAAACAUAAUCGCGUACCAGUUAGUGAAAAGCCAGUUUCAAGGCCAAUGUGUCCAUUUCAUUCAGCUUAUGCUUUGGAAUUUGUUUGUCAGGAAGUAGAAUGUUUAUCGGAGAGCCGCUUAAUGUGUUUACUUUGUCGAGAUUAUGGUCGGCAUCAACGCCAUAGACAUUCUUUACUAGAUGUUGAAGCGUUCGAACUUCGCAAACGUGUCAAAGAAGCUCUAAGUGAUUUUCGAAAAUUCAUGUCUGAUUUGAAUAGUUGGAACAGCCGAGUUACUCAAUCUGUUACCGAAAUACUUGACCCUAACGAAGGUUCGCAUGCUGCUGCGAAGCGACAAGUGGAAGGACAUUUUCGUCGCUUACGUAGCGAGCUUGAUACUCAAGAACAAGUCGCAUUAGCUCGUCUUGAUGCUCAUGUUGCUGAUCGCGUUGAUAUUUUACGAGCCCACCAACAAGAGCUUGCUAUCAUCACUUCACAAGUUUCUUCAAUAUCAGCUCAGUUACAAAAAAGUGCGGACAUGGAUGAUGCUCGUCUCAUCGAGCAGCAGGCCGAUUUAAUUCGGAUGCUUGAUGCUGUUCGUUCUCAUCAACAUAAUAUGGCUUCAGCUCCUAUUGGAAUUUCACUUGAUACACGAAUACCAUUCUCUUUUACUGCUGAUAAUAAAAUUCAUAUGGGUUCAAAUGUUGAUAUUCGACUAGUGAUUUUGGGUCUUGAUGGUGCUGGCAAAACAACAAUUCUUUUCAAACUUAAGAAUGAUGAUUAUCGCCAGGCCACCCCAACUAUUGGAUUUAACGUUGAAACUUUGCAAUACAAAAAUUUCAAACUAACGAUUUGGGAUGUUGGAGGUUUACCUAAGUUAAGGCCUCUCUGGAAGCAUUAUUAUCUUAAUACUCAAGCAUUGGUUUUUGUCAUCGAUAGUUCUUGUCCAAGUCGCUUUCUUGAAGCGCAGUCUGAAUUGGUGCGAAUUUUAGCUGAACGUGAUCUUGUCGAUGCUUCGUUUUUAAUUAUAUUAAACAGGCGGCGUAUACCUGGUAAUGAAUCGUGCGAGAUCGAUUCAGCUGCAAUUGAUCAAUUGGUAAUGAAUAUAAAUCGAUUUAGUAAUGGACGAUCGGUAUUAAUCCAUCAGUGUAACGCUUUAACGGGAAUUGGUUUAUGGGAGGCGCUCGAUUCGUUAACUUCAAAUCUCUUAUUAACUAGAAAUCAAAAUGAAUUGCUGGAAACAAAUGUGCAGGAUUCAAUUAGAGAAACAUAA